GACACAUGGGUUCUGUUAAAGAACGGGCUCGGCAUGAAGCUCUUGGCAUAGCCAGGCAUACCCCGAGGGUCAGCUUUGCUACCAUGACCGUUGAAGCUCGUACAGGGAGCUGGGAGAACAAAGCGGGCAGGUCUGCCCUCACCGCACGUCUCACCCCCUCCAUGCUGCCUCGACUCAACUACUGCCAAGGGAAGACGGAGGGGCUGGGCGUGAAUUCUGCUCUGCUCAUUGUCCGCCUUCGAAUUCUCUGAAGGAGAGCUCGAAGGACGCCUUGCUGUGUUUGCCAACACUACAUGUUAAAUAGUCUGGAUUUAAGUAUUAAAAGUGCCCUUUAGGCAUUAUAUAAAGAACUGAGUGGGAAAUUGUGUUUUCAUCCUUAUAAGGAAUCUUGUUUAUAAAUUUCAUGCAGCUCAUUUUCUGUAGAUGAGCUCAACGGACAGCUGAGUUCAUGGUGAAGACUCCCUAUUGUGUCAGAAGGUGAGCCCGGGAGCUGAGUGACCUCAACUCUUGCGAGACUUUCCUGCUACUUGAACCCAAGAGGAUGGACUGUCUGCACCCAGCACUCCACGCAUUCACUGCCUGCCCACAGCAGUGACGCAUAUCCACGCUGUGAGGUUUUUCUCAGCACUAUCUGUUCCUGUCUGUGCUAACAGACCUCAGGACACCCCUAAGCUCAAAAAGGGAGACACAGCCCUGGAUGCCCAGCGGUUAAUAGGAGAUAAGGCGUAGAGCGACGUCUGUAAGCGUGAGCCCCCAGAGCUGGUUAUGCCACUUGAGUUAGGUAAAGCUGUGCAACCGUGUGGUCAGCAGGGAGCUGCAAGGAGACACUGAGAAAUGGCGGUCAGGCAGACAGCAGCCGACUUAGCGUAUCUGUUUGGCUGAGAGAACUCUAACCAACUGAUGUUCCUGAAGAUAAAGGGUUCAUCCUACUAGAUGACUCCUGCUCCCUGAGGAACUAAUCAUUAUAUUCAACGAGCUCGUCCUGCUCUGACUCCAGGUUUAUCAAGCAACCUGGUGAUUAUGACCUUGCUUCUGAUGAUCAUCUGCCUAAAGAAAGAAGUCAUUGGCCAGGCCAACCAGAAUAUUCUAGUUUUGUGACAUUUCUAUUAUUCAAGAAAUAUCUUGGACAGCCUAGCUUUGAUUGGGUGACUCUAAAAUUAAAAAGAAAAAAAAAUUCAUUAAAAAAUUUUAGUACUUUAAAAAUGUAUAUAAAAUGAAAUGGAAAAUGUGUUUUAAUUCUUAAAAUGAGCUCUGUUUAUAAAUAUCAUGCAGAUAACUGUUUUCCAAAUGAAGUCAGUGAGGAAGUAGGAUACUGUUUUAAAUUAAUAUGUUGGCAUCAAGGUUUAUAUACUAUCUUAUUACGACAAGAUGAGUGAUACAGAAUGUGCAAAGUUGAAACCCAGAUCCAGACAUUAGUUGAGUCGCUAGCCCUUCAUCUAGACAAGGACUCUAGGUGACGUCCUGCUCAUGCUGAGCCAGGGGGCACCCUCAGAGACACACCUAUCUGUUAUUUCCAACAGCCAUGGCUAAUAUGCAGAGGGAGAUAAAUAACUGAUCCAUCAACUGAAAAAGUUUGGAUUGGACUUUUACUUCUCUUUCCCGUUUUCUUCUUAAAACAAAAGUUAUUAAUAUACGAAUAAAUCCAUGAUAGCACUGGAUUUCGAGAAGGGUACAAUCGGCAAACUAGGACAGCGAGAAAUAUGCAGUCAAUAUAAAUUAAAUGGAAUCAGAUUGAUCAGAAACUCAUGACAACAAGAGAAUCUGUAACCGCAUAAAUGUGAAAGAGAAGCUUAAGAAAACGAAAGGAACAAGGAUUAUGGUUUGUCCUGAGAAACUACACUUCAGUAACCGAUAAUGAUCCAUCUAGAAUUUCACCACUACCUGACAUUUAAAUAAACAUGAAUCACCAAAUAUUUGAUAAAAAUUAACAGCAUGAAAGAGUAAUGCUAAACUGAACAGAGAAAACCAGCUCCUGAGAAAACGACAGUGAUAAAUGGAGAAGAAAGUCCUAAAUAAAUAUUGUGCAUCACUGGAGAGUUUUGAGAUAUCUCUCUCAGUCUCCCACAAAAAAAGCGGGGGAGGGCACGGACAGGCUGCUGUAAAAAGCUACUAAUUAGAAUAAAAAUAUAAUUGCCAAACAAUCUCAAUUUUAAUUGAGAAAAUAAGUCUUGAUGUAGAUGAACACUGUAAAGAAGCCAACGGGAAAAUUGAAUUAAGUGAUUCUUCCAAACAGCAAUACUAAAAGACAAAAAGAUAAAUAUUAUCACAAAAAAGUUUAGAGAUAAUGAAGGAAAAAUCAAUUGAGCUAACAUUUCUCAGCUAUCAGACUGACAAAAGUUCAGAAAUCUGGCAGCUGUUCUGUUGGAUAUCUGUGGGCAGACAGACAUUCUCUUAAUUGCUGGCGGGAAUGACAAGUGGUAGAAGCCAAUGUGGAGAGGCACUUGGCAAUUGCUAACAAAAGUGAGUCCAGAAAGAAGACAGUCCAACAGCAAUGAGCAUACCUAGAUGGGUUUGGCUUCCAAUACCAUUCACGCUAAAGGAACCAGGAUUCCUCGAAGAAGCAGCUGAACCCAGGUUUUGGACUGGAAAAGGACAAGUUCUGGAGGCUGGGAAGUCCAAGAUCAACUUGCCAGCAGUUUGGUGUCCUGCAAGGAUUCUCGUCCUGGUUCAUAGACAACGCCUUCUCCCUGUGUCUUCACUCCCUGUCACCUCACCGUCACUGAGAAGAAGAGCUCAGAGGAAGAAGAAUGGACUUCCUGCCAUGGAGCCCCCCAUAAGCUGUCAUAUUCGUCACCCAGAAACAAAGAAAUGUGAUCACCUUUUCAAGUUUAUAGAAGAGGCCAGUUAACCACAUCCUGCAACAAGACAGUCUCUAGAGGGCGACGUGCUGUAUUCCUCCUCCUCGUCAUGUUGGUGAUGUGGCUUAGAGGCCACUCUUGAACUUCACAGUGUCUGCCGCCAAAAGAAUACACAGGACUGAGAAGAUUUUCUGAAACUUAACCUGACCAUUCAAUGAUUCAUAGGGCAAUUGACUUGGCUGCACAGCUGGGUCCCAUUGUGUUCUUCAUCUAUGGAUAUGUUCAAGCAGAGUUUGAAUGGUGAUUUGGCUGAGAUGUUCUAGGAAAACUUCAAAAGUUCAGAUGGGUAGGCUCUCCAUAUGGUCUAAGAGCCACUCUUCCAAUCCCGAGUUUCCGUGAUUUGUUAUUUUGACAUCUUUAGUUGGUCUUCAGAAACUCAUGGUCCAGGAAAAUAAAACACAGAUAUGGGUGAGUGAAUUCAUUCUGCUGGGGCUGUCCAGUGACUGGGGGACUCAGGUCUUUCUCUUUGUCUUGUUCCUGACCAUGUACUUGGUGACUGUUGUGGGAAAUCUUCUUCUUCUUCUUAUCAGACUGGAUAGCAGGCUUCAUACUCCCAUGUACUUCUUCCUUACUGUUUUAUCCUUUGUGGACCUUUGUUAUGCAAAUAGUAUUGUCCCACAAAUGCUGGCCCACCUGCUUUCAGCACAGAAGUCCAUCCCAUUCCACAGCUGUGUGCUCCAGCUCUAUGCAUCCCUGGCACUGGGUGGGUCUGAGUUCUUCCUGCUGGGAGCUAUGGCCUAUGACCGCUAUGUGGCGGUGUGCCACCCACUGCACUACACAGUCAUCAUGCAUGGAGGGCUGUGCCUGGGGUUGGCUGCUGGCUGCUUGGUGGCUGGUUUAAUUAAUUCACUGAUGGAAACAAUCAUCACCUUUCGGCUUCCCCUGUGCCACAAUAUUAUUAAUCACUUUGCCUGUGAGACCCUAGCUGUUCUACAGCUAGCCUGUGUGGACAUCUCCCUCAACAUGGUCAUGGUGGCCAUCUCAGGGUUUCUGGUGAUCAUGCUUCCCUGUUCCCUGGUUUUAUUCUCCUAUGGUCAUAUAGUUGUUGCCAUUCUGCGUAUUCGUUCUACUCAGGGACGUAGCAAAGCCUUUGGGACUUGUGCCUCCCACCUCACUGUGGUUAGCACAUGCUUUGGGGCUACCAUCUUCACCUACCUGGGGCCACGGUCAGCAUCUUCAAUGAAAGAGGAGAAGAUGAUUGCUCUAUUUUAUGCUGUGGUGGCACCUAUGUUGAACCCUGUGAUCUAUAGCUUGAGGAAUAGGGACGUCAUGGCUGCUCUCUGGAAAGUUUUAGAGAAGUUCAGAGUUAAAGAGUAGACUGUAAGAACUUCUUAUUAUCUAUCAUUGAAACUGAAAAGGAGAUCAGAUAAGUGUAGAUGGGACUCCCACACUUACGCUAAAGAAGAAUAUUAUGAUCAGCUCCUUGCACUGAAUAAAGUGUUCCUCCCCCUGAUUAAUGAGUUUUCUUACAUAGAUUGAUAUCAGAUAAUUUACAUAUCAGUGAUCCAUGAGAGCCUCAUCUUAGAUCAUCUUGUCUCAGGUAUCCACAUUUUUUAUUAGUGUAUCAGUGCCCAAAGGAACGACCCACGGCUUCAUCAAGCAGACCUGGUUUGUGGAAUGAAUAGACAGGUGAAUUCCACCUGCUAGGUCAACCUCUAUCUUGUGGAACAGAAUGGAGAAUGUCUGUUCCUCUUUCUGCAUGCAAUACCCCAGUUAUUUGUAGAACAACCUGAUUUCCUCUGGAAUAAUCACAAGUGGUUUCUUCAUCUCUUUCUUGAAUGACAGCUAUUUUAUAACUUUCAGUACCUUUUAUGCAUUAAUCUAGAAUGUGAUAUGGUAUCCUGAAAUAAAAAAACGUAUUAUAAUAUUUGUUUAGACCAGUAUGCUGGAUCUCAUUUUCUUUUCAAGAAGCAAAUUUGUUUUUAAGAUAACAAAAUAUCCGUGGCUUUACUAUAAUCUUACCGUGGUAAAAUAUAUAUAACAUAAAAUUUGCCAUUUUAGCCAUUUUUAAGUGUACAGUUCAGUGGCAUUAAUUGCGUUCGAAAUGUUGUGCAAACAUCACCAUAUUUAUUUCCAAAAUUAUUCAUCACCAUAGUGUUUCAUUUAACUAAUUUCCCAAGACCUGUUUCCUAUAAACUGGUUACAAAGUCUCCACACCCUUUGCACUCUUUUUUCUUUCUAAAAUUUAAAUGUAGGUACGUAUAUUUAGUUUUGCUAAUUUUUAUUAUUGAUUUUCACAUAUCACACAGCCUGCCAUGACUGUUUCGAAUUUUGAAUCUCCAGUUCUAUUAGUUUACUUAAUCUUUCUGUUCUAUAGAUAUAAUAAACAGAAAAAGUUAUAAAAAGAAAUAUCAAAAUAAUACAUGUCAAUUAUAUAUCACUGUGAACCUACGUCCAGGUAGCAAAAAUGGGUCCAGAUAUCAUAUAUAGCCUUUUCAGAUUGGCUUCUUUGCCUUAGUAAUACACAUUUAAA